AUGCCUCCCAAGCCAGGCAUAGGUCAGAAGGAGCUGAUCACAGAGCGGUUGGGUGCGUUCUGGGAGGGGAGGUGGCGGGAGCUGUUUGAUUCUGCCAUGGUGGCGGCGCGGCCAGCAGUUCGCCCACUUUCCUACACUUGCUCUGACCAGGGUCCGGAUGCCAUCCGCCUGUCACGGUGCCGAUCUCGGUGCAAAGUGGGGGAGUGGAGCCGUGGAUUGGCCUGCCUUACAGCAGGGGAGUUGGCUCGACCGUCUGAGGUCAUGAUGCAGUCGCUGCGAGAGAAGCACCCGGCUAGCGCUGGCGAGGUACCACAGUGGGUCUGCGAUUUCACCAUCGAUACUGCUCAGCGGCCUUCACUCACGACCGACAUCCUGGCCAGAGCUAUCCAUACAGCCGCUCGAGCUUCAGCAGCAGGGCCAUCGGGGUGGGUCACAGAGCAUCUGCGCGACACCUUCCUCGCUGAACCUUCCUGCCUUUCCCACUUGUUGGAAGUGUUCAACCAAUGGGUGGCAGGACAGGUCCCCGAGCGGGCUCGGCCGUGGCUCGCCGCAUCCAACCUAGUCGGGCUUUCCAAGCCUAACGGCGACGUCCGGCCGGUGGCGAUCAGGGAGCAGCAGGUGAUGGAGCCGGUUACUAGGGAGUUCAAGGACCUGCUUUUCCUCAGCUAUGCAGACGAUACCUAUAUUUUAGGGCCAGCGGCUAGGAUUCUGGAGGCUUUUGGGGUGCUUCGGGAGCGGUUGGAGUGGGUGGGGCUGGAGGUGCAGGCGCACAAGUGCCGGUUUUGGGAGCGCGAGGGCAAGGAGGUGGAGCAGGCACUGCCAUUGGGGAUGCAGCGGAUGGAUGAGGGUCUUACUGUGGUGGGCGUGCCUAUUGGAGAGGAGGUUUGGGAGGUGGUCCGGCUACGGGAGCGGCUUCGACAGUUGCAGGCGCCACUGCCAUGGCUCCCCUUGCUCGACCACCCCCAGAUGGCUUCACACCUCCUCGCCAUUGCAGUUUCAGCGCGGCCGAUGUACCUCGCCCGGACUAUGCCGCCGCGUCCGGAGGUAGUUGAGGCUUUUAGGGAUUGGGACAGCUGUUUAGAGGAUUGCUUUGAGCAGCUUUUUCCACCUGGCACUUGGGAGCAGGACCCCGACCGGUCUAGGCGCGCACGCAUACAGCUGCAUCUCCCUGUGCGUCUCGGAGGGUUCGGGAUCCGGGCGGCGGCCUCACUGUCCUAUGUUUGUGGGUGGGCGCAGGCCGCGCGUGACAUUGCACAGUUAGGGGUGGCGGGUGAGGAGGCGAUGUUUGCAGAGUACCUCACCACUUCGACAGGGGCAGAGUUUCUUGACCCGUGCGCGGCAGCGGCACUUAGCUGUAGAGGAGCUCCAGGCACUGCGCCGCUUGGCUCGUGA